AUGGAAAAGCCACAUACCACCGGAGAGAUAGACGUCGAUCUGCUCAUAAUCGGCGCCGGUCCCGCUGGCUCUUCACUGGCUGCCUUUCUAGCCAAUUAUGGCCUUGAGAACAGCACCGGGCUCAUCAUAUCCGCUGCUCCAGGUACCGCAGACACUCCUCGUGCCCAUCUCACAAAUCUCUCAACACUGGAUGCCAUGCGUGAUCUGGGCGUUGUAGACGAAUGUUAUAGACUGGGCAGACAAGGCCUACAUACGAAACACUACCGAUGGUGCGAGACACUUGCGGAAGAAGAGUACGCUCGCAUCUACUCAUGGGGAAAUGAUCCGGCGCGCAAAGGAGACUAUGAUGCUGCCAGUCCGAAUCCGGGCCUACUCGAUCUGCCACAAAGCCUGUUGGAGCCCAUUCUGGUCAGAGAAGCCACCGCUCAGCCUGGAGGUGCAUUCAAGAUCCUAUUCAAUACCCAGCUCGUUCGCUUCGAGAAGUUGCAAGACGGCAGAUAUCGAGCGGUAGUUAAAGAUUGCCUGAGGGUGAUCGAGUACGGCAUCAUAUGCCGGUUCUUGUUUGGUGCCGAUGGCGGAAGAAGCGUCGUUGCGACUCAGCUGCAGCUGCCCGGUUUGCCAACCGAGCGAAAAGCUGCUGAAGGUGCUCCAGCCUGGAAUGUGCUGAUUCGGUCGGAUAUUGGGCACCUAAUGCAGAAUCGGGAAGGCAACUUACACUGGAACUUGAGGUUGAAGAGGGAUGAUGGAUGGAUGAUCAACACGCGAAUGGUGAAACCCUGGUUUGAAUGGCUGGCGGUGUCAUUGCCAAAAGACCCAUCGCAACCGGGCCAGCAGUGGACAGUAGAGCAGUGGAAGGACGCGUGGAGAGACAUGGUCGGAGAUCCCACUAUCCCAGUUGAGGUUCUGAGCACGUCUAAGUGGAACGUUAACGAAACUUGCGUCGGUCGUUUCAAUUCCAUGGUUCAAGAUAUGACAGUGCUGACAAGACGACAUAGGCGGAACGAUAUUCCGAGGACAAUGUCUUCUGCCUGGGUACGUUUAAGCGUAUUUGGAGUACCCUUCGUUGCCAAGAACUUAGCUGAUGAUCCGUUUGUAGGCGAUGCGGUUCAUCGCCAUCCGCCUGUCAAUGGAUUAGGUUCGAACACCUGUGUCGGUAGGUCAUCGAAAUGAGGCGUGCAGUACAUUCGACCCGGACUAUCAAGCUAAUGCUGUGCCUUUCUCUUUCCAGGAGACGCUUUUAACCUGGCAUGGAAAGUCAACUUGGUCCUCAAAGGCAUCGCAUCUUCAUCCUUACUUGAAACUUACACCUUGGAGAGACAACCUGUCGGCGCCGAUGUCGUCAGAAUGUCCAACAAACAUCUGCGCUAUCAUAUGGUGAUCUGGCAAAUUGUCGGCAUGCAGCCUCCAGGCAAAUCUUUUGAAGAGCGGACUGCUGGUUUGAACAUUCUGAAAGAGGAAUCCGCUCGGGGCCGUGAGAAGAGGAAGGCACUGCAGGAAAUGUGUCUGAAGCUAGACCAUGAAACACAUGCUCUUGGCCUGGAGAUGGGACAGAAGUAUUUCAGUCCGGGAAUCUACGAUGCCGACGAACCUGAAUCUUGGACAGCACCCGGCAAGGAGGCAGAAGAUCCGAUUCUCUACUACGAGCCUUGCACGUACCCCGGAAGGAGGCUGCCGCACGCCUGGAUCGGUGACAAUCCGCCGACAAAGUUGACAUCGAUGCUGGAUUUGGCGGGCAAAGGCAAGUUCACCAUCUUCACCGGUAUUGGUGGAAGCAAAUGGAAGCAGGCGGCCACCGAGGUCGGCAAAGAGCUUGGAAUACAUAUCAAGUCGUUCAGCAUCGGCGCCGGCCAAGACUUUGAAGACAUCUACUGGACUUGGGCAAAGAGAAGGGGCGUAGAAGAAGACGGCGUGGUGCUUGUACGACCGGACUUAUUUUGCGCGUGGAGAUACCAGGGCUGUUUCGACUGCCAGGAGGAAUGCACUGGUAAGUUGAGAAGAGUGAUGCGAAGUAUCCUAGGCUGGGACAAGGCUUGAUUAGCGUGAGUUGACUACUUAUACGCCUUUAUCGAAAUUGUACAUCUUAUCCCAUCGCUGUCAAAUUGUUAGCAGCUGACCAAAAUGAGAUUAUAUGAAACUAUUUACCUUGUCCCACUCCCUUUGCGGAAUUCACGAAGAACAAAUCUGUUCCGACUCUGAUGACGCCUCUCAGGAUCACAAUUCAUUGUUGAUGCAUGGGUUGCAUACCUUAGGCAUUGUGCAGAAUCACAUCACCGGCCUCGUAAUCGGUCACCGACCACUUCCGACAAAAAUUUCCGGAAAUUGUAACGGGUUGUCGUUCAGCAUUUCGCCCUUGAUCAUAUUGCGAUUGACUGGUCUUUUUUGAUGGAUAGUGACUUCUUCAAGCCACAAAAACUGAGGAUGCUGACAUUUAUUUCCUGCGAUGGAUCUUCCACAACUGGUCGACCAAGUACAGCGUCAAUAUCAUACGAAACCAGAUACCGGUCAUGAGACCUGGAACCAAGAUCAUCGUAAACGACUUCAUGCUACCUGAGCCGAAUACUCUACCACGGCUCUUGUAGAGAGCAAUCCGGUACGCUAGUCGUGGCGACUUGUUUUCAGGAUGUUGCUGACGCCUCGCAGAAACAUUGACAUGACAAUGCUCGGACUGCUAAAUGCAACCGAGCGGGACGCAGAAGGUUGGCAUGAUCUUUUCCGAGAAGCGAAUUCGCGGUUCAAGGUCACUGAUAUCAAGAUGACUCCGCCCGGCUUGAUGGCUCUCAUAACAGCUGAAUGGCAAGGUUAA